AUGAGUCACCUUCCGUCGCCCAAUGAUCCGCUGAUAGACCCUUCCGGUACGCAGACCAGACAUAUCGAGGCCUUCGGGAGGAAAGUGACGUCGACAGCCGGGCAUUUAAUAGGCCCUACGGGCGACGGAAAUCCCGCCCAUUACCACAAUGCUAUGGCGGAUAUCCAGCGCGAGCUGCGGCGGCCCAAUACGCAGCGCAGAGUAUUCGCCUUGACCCAGACUACGCCGACGGAUCUGGUCCGCUCCAAGCUGUCGACUUCCGAAAUCCAAUCGCGAGCCCUCUCCUCUCUUCCCGACGACCUCCUUGCGAACAUCCCUGAUGACAGCAGCUCCUACUCCCUGUUUGAAGGCUUCCAGGCCUCUCAAGACGAUAUCGAAUAUAGAAAGGCCCAUCGACGGCGCGCUUCCAAAUCCAAAAAAUUGUUGAAAGAUGGCGAAAACCGGGCAGCCCUUCCGUCCGCCCCGGCGGAGCUGAAGAAGGAACGUGAUUUGUUAAGUCGCCGCAUGGAACUGAUGGGGGUGCGCAAAAAUAUGUGCAGCUCGGAGAUACACGAUAUAGACAACAAGAUCGCGAACCUUCACAACAUGCGCAAGAUUGUUUUGGACCGGUUGGCUGGACUAGAGAUGGAGGAGGCGGAACUGGAACACGAACUGACUGAGCUCGAAAAUAAACUUGAGGAUAUCCAAGAGGAAACACCGGAGACUGCUGUUGUGGGCACUCCGAAAUCAUCCGCAAACGAUGAAUCGAUGGCCUCGGAGGAUCCAGCCAUGGAUGCAUCUUUCAUGUCGGAAUCAAUUUAUCAAAAGAUUCCAUCACCGAAAAGCCUGAAGCACAAAUCAAAAAGAAAACGGUCGAUGCCUAUUUUACACGAGCACUUCAGCCCCGGAUCCUUGAUUAAGGAGAUGGAAGCGCAUACCGAUAUGGUGACUGCCAUUGAUUUUGACUAUCCUUUCGGCACAAUGAUUACCGCAGCGUUAGAUGAUACCGUGCGAGUUUGGGAUCUCAAUGUCGGAAGGUGUACUGGGUUUCUGGAGGGGCAUAACGCAUCAGUUCGAUGUCUUCAGAUCGAGGACAACAUUGUGGCUACGGGUUCUAUGGAUGCCUCGGUCAAGCUUUGGGAUUUGAGUCGCGCCCGCUCUAGACCUCGAAGCAGCCGCAUUAACAAGCACGAGGACGAAGAGGACGCUGCUGACGACGCUUCCCAAGUAUCCCAUUCAACGACGUUAGAGGAUUGCCACGUAUUUUCACUAGAUUCCCAUGUCGGUGAAGUGACAGCGCUCCAUUUCCGAGGUGACAACUUGAUCUCUGGCUCGGCGGAUAAGACUCUGCGUCAAUGGGAUCUCGUUAAAGGGCGUUGUGUGCAGACAUUAGAUGUUCUCUGGGCUGCAGCUCAAGCGGAUACAUUGAAUGGAGACAGCACAUGGCGACCGUCCGGGCGCGUACCAGACGCAUCUGCAGAUUUUGUGGGGGCGCUUCAAUGUUUCGAUGCCGCCCUAGCUUGCGGUACUGCCGACGGCAUGGUGCGUCUGUGGGAUCUGCGCAGUGGCCAAGUCCACCGUAGUCUUGUUGGCCACACAGGCCCUGUUACAUGCUUACAGUUUGAUGAUGUGCAUCUCGUGACAGGAAGUAUGGACCGUAGUAUUCGGAUCUGGGAUCUCCGAAUGGGAUCCAUCUACGACGCAUUCGCCUACGACAAACCCGUCACCAGCAUGAAGUUCGACGCGAAACGAAUCGUGGCUGCCGCGGGAGAGAGCGUGGUGAAGGUCUACGACAAGGCGGACGGCAACCACUGGGACUGUGGUGCCGGCGUUGGUGCUGAUGAACAAGGACCGCUUCCUGCGACUGUCGACCGAGUGUGUCUCAAAGACGGAUUUCUCGUUGAAGGUCGCCAGGACGGUAUUGUUGGCGCGUGGACGUGUUAG